AUGUUGAAGAGUGCAACAAGAAUUUGGUUCAACUGGUUGAUGCCCAACUCCAUCAGCACUUUCAAGGAGCUAAGCACUCAGUUUACUGCACACUUCAUUGGGGGACAUAGGUAUAAGAAGUCUAUGACUUGCUUGAUGAGCAUCAGACAGCGAGUGGAUGAGACACUGAGAUCCUACAUAUCCCGCUUCAAUAAGGAAGCACUCUCAAUUGAUGAAGUCGAUGACAAGAUACUUGUAGCGGCAUUCACGAAUGGGCUACGAAAGGGAAAGUUUUUGUUCUCCCUAUACAAGAAUGACCUGAAGACUAUGUCAGAAGUACUUUACAGGGCCACCAAGUACAUGAAUGCUGAAAAUGCGUUGUUGGCUCGAGAGGAAAAGCCCAAGAAAAGGGAAAGACAGGAAGAUACGCGACAAGACCAAGGGUGGAAGAAGGCAAGAAUAGGAGAUCGAAGGGAUGAAAGGCGCUCUAGGCCCCCAGGAGUAAGGUUCACAAGCUUCACCCCAUUAACCACCCCAAUAGACCAAGUUCUGCUGCAAAUCAAGGACGAGGAGGCCCUGAUCUACCUCGGAAAGCUGAAAGAAAAUCCUAACAAGUGA